AUGUCAGAAACAUCCAUUAACAGUUCCCUUUCAAAUAGCUUACAAUCCAUAGACGGACAAAAUAUAACUAAUGCCAUACAUAAUGUUUUGGUGAUCAACUGUGUGGUGAAUAUUCCUUUGGCUUUAACAUCAUUUUUUGGGAACACAUUGGUGUUAUAUGGAGUAUGGAAAACACCAACUCUUCGCUCGCCCUCUAUUAUCUUACUGUGUGGUUUGGCACUCUCUGAUCUAGCAGUUGGCAUAGUAGCACAACCACUUUUUAUCGUCAACAAUUUGCUUCGAGUGUACUCACAAUCCCAAAAUGUUAAGGACGUCUUUUCGAGUGUCUACAACACGUUUGGCUACACGUUAUGUGGAAUCUCUCUCUGCACAGUAGCUGUUAUAAGCCUAGACAGACUGAUCGCCAUUGAGAAGGCCCUUGAGUAUCCUCGUCUGGUCACGAUCCCUCGGGCGAAACGCGUUCUUGUAACGAUUUGGAUAAUGUGUGUUCUUUUGCCAGCCUUGCAGUUAAGUAGCUUAUACAUUCGAGUGAGCGCAAUUGGAAUCGUAACUUUGAUUUGUCUCGGAGUUUCCACCACUUCUCAUCUGUUGAUUUACAAAACGGUUCGUUACCAUCAACGCACGAUUCAGAUUCAGGUUCUAGCGGUGGGAAAGAAUACGGAUGGCAGUUUGGACAACAUGUUGAAGUUUAAAAAAUCAGCGCUCAAUUCUUUUAUAGUAUUUCUUGUACUUUUUAUCUGCUAUUUUCCAUAUUUUGUUGUUUACGCCAUAUAUUCGCAAUCUACGAUCAAUGGCUUCCUAGCAAGAGGGCUCACCUCAACAAUUGUGUUCGUGAACUCUGUGGUAAAUCCAUUUCUUUAUUGUUGGCGACUGCGUGAAAUUCGAGAGGCUGUGAGACAGACUCGUCCUAAACUUUGAUUUUUGCACUUUUGUUAUUGUGUUUUAACUGAAACAAAAAUCAACAUGAGUACAGCCCUAUGGGCAAUCUCCAGAAUUCCCCCUAUUCAAAGCUUUGGAGGUGAUUUGGUGUGAGAAAUGAAGCGCUUAAUAGCGAUUGCAAGGAUUGAAAUAGGGGGUCCACACGAACUUCAGAAAUUUCAAAGGAGUCUAGCCAACCCUUGGCUUGUUGCAGGAGCCGCUGAGAGCCAAAUAUCACCAUCCUCAGCCAUACCUGGUAUAGAGGAGAGAGAUCCAAUACAGGUAUGGAUUGCAGCCAUCCCACCAUGAAAAAUUGCUGGCUUUUUUUUCUUGUUACCGAGGAUAGGAAACUUGAGGAAAAAGUUUUAGUUGUUUAAAUGAGAGAUAGCAAAUCGAUCUUCAUGGUAACGGGGUAACAGGGUACACCUGGUCAUACUCUCCUAUAUUUACUCUCACAACAAGAGCAACAAUGCAGGUCUUGUGCUUCAUGCAGAAGUAACCAGACUCGACUAUGGGGUCGUUUAAAGACUUUAAUUCAGUGGCACCUGGUCAUACUCGCCUAUAUUUACUCUCACAACAAGAGCAACGAUGCGGGACCAGGCCUUGUGCUUCCUGCAGAAGUAACCAGACUCGACUAUGGGGUUGAUUUUGAUCAAGACUAAGAAACUUCUAUCAACAGAUCCCUUUCAGAGUUGACCAGUACAAUUAUCAACUCCAUCUAUGCAGACGACCUUGAAACUGCAAGAUAGUGUCCUUAAUAUUAGGACUCCGCAUUUAACGAGUUUGUUAUGGAAAUUAGCUGCUAUCCGUAUUAUCGGGUUCUUUAAAAUAGCAAGGUGUCCUUGAACCGAGAGUUUACUGUAUGCACUAUACAUUGAGAUAUUGUUGAAAGAACGAGCAACGGAGAAAACUUAGAAGCUUAUUUUGUCGACAGUUCAGACUGUCUACUUGUGUAAAUCUUUUCCAUUCAACACCCUUAAAGCAAACCUCUCGAUUCGUUUGCGUUCCGCUUUCAUGGACCGCCACUGCAUUUAAGUUGGAAAUUGAACCAAUUUUUUUUCAUGAAUGUUACCCUAGUCUCCCUUCAGAGAAAUCGAUUACCAUGACUUAUGGAUUAAUCUUUCAUUAGUGAAGGGUUUUCACUGCCUCUACGUAAUCGGCUGUGAAGUUUUUAUGAAGGCAAACACAACUCAAAACUCUAACUCCGUAUUUGGGCUAGAAUUUCACCUGUGUGAUGUUACUGUUUAGCCACCUAAUAAACCCCGCUUCAAGAUCACGAGCUUCUGUUGGAACUUAUUAAUGCAAAGACCAUCACCUGUAAUGAUGCUUCGUUUUUUCUUGACGACAAUUACAGGUGAAUUAUCUAACUCGAAACUCCCAAACAAGGAUCAAAUAAUAUGUUUCUUAUAACAAAGAGAGGAAAAUUACUAGAUGCUGAUUGGCUACUGAGACAGGACAGUUUCCCUUAAUUGUGGUAAUUUUCCCGAGCAUUUGAAUUUGUAAAUUAAAAUUGAAAACGAGUAAGUAUGAAAAUUUCAUUGAUGGCAAAUGAUUUUUAGCAGUGCUGGUUACAUUGUAGUGUUACAAAAAUACAUUUCCACUCGGCUGAUUCGUGCGUUUGAAAGUCCAGUGACUCUAACUCCCUUUAUAUCAUGAAUAAGUAAGCGCAUUUUGCACUCGAAAUAAAGGAUUAAUAUCACUUUUGUUUUCAGAAAUUGCAGAAAUUUCCUCGUCGCUGCUGUGUGACUCGGGCAAUUUUCUGCAACUUCUGAAAAUGCGAUUGCUACACUUUGUCUAAUGUUCGUCCUGCUCAUUCUUAAUUCUUGGCCCUCUUGAACGCACGAUGGUUUUUUUGUUGUUAUUGCUGUUUUUUUUUUUUCGGUGCUCUACGCAAAAAAGAUGCCCCUGCUUAUUAAUUUUUAAUUAGUUUGUUAUUGAACCGCCUUUACGAUCAUCACUUAUUUAGAGAUUCUAAAUGAGUCGAUACCUUCCCCACAACGAUUAUUUGUUUCCUAACAACUGCUUCGUCAAAAAUGUCAGUAGGUCUACUUGUCCCAAAACUGGGAUCCAAAGGGUAAAGAAACUUGACUAAUUCCAUCAUGCAUAAUAUUUUGGUGGUAAAUUGUGCGGUGAACAUUCUUCUCGCCCUAACAUCAAUAGCCGGGAACACGCUGGUGUUGCAUGGAAUAUGGAAAACACCAAGCCUUCGUUCACCUUCGAUAUUGUUACUAUGUUGUCUAGCAUUUUCCGAUCUCAGUGUUGGUGCGAUCGUGCAACCUCUCUUUGUCGCAAAGGAUUUCAUAACCUUGUAUUCUGAGUCCCAGGUACUCAAAGAUAUCUUUUGGGAUGUUUACAAUGUAUUUGGCUUUUGUGUAUGUGGUAUAUCUCUUUGUACGGUUACAGCUAUUAGUGUGGACAGGCUCAUUGCCUUACAGAAGCCUCUUCAGUAUCCGAGUAUUGUUACAAAUUCUCGUGUGGCAUGCACACUUGGGACGAUUUGGGCAGUUUGUGUUCUCCUAGCAAGCUCCGAAGUUUGGGCGAAAAGAUUCCUUUUGAUAGCAAUGGGAACUGUGAUAAGCAUUUGUAUAUUUGUCUCUACUAUUUCCAACCUGAUAAUAUACGGAAAGGUUCGCCAUCACCAACAUGUGAUUCAAAUCCAGCUGCAAGCGGUGGAAACCAAUAACAAAUUCAUCACCAAUUCACACGUGGCGGGGCUGAAAAGAUCUGCAAUGAACUCUUUUAUAGUAUUUCUCGUUCUUAUCAUCUGUUAUUGUCCAUAUUUUGUUAUUUAUUUGGUUUCUUCGUUUUAUUCAAUGAAUUCUUUUCUUGCUACGUCUCUAACUUCAACGAUUGUGUUCAUUAACUCAGCAGUUAAUCCUUUCCUUUACUGCUGGCGAUUGCACGAGAUUCGCAAUGUCGUAAAAAAUACUUAUCGCAAACUUGUUUGCUGUAAAUUAAUAUAG